AUGGAGGGCGAUCUUGGACCGGAGAAGCAGGAAGUGGAGGAUGAGCUGCUGACCGGAUUCGUACCCGGGCCGAAAAAUGGUGACACAAGGGUUGCGGCGGGCACCGCAGUGGUCGCCUCCAUUACCUCACCCACAUCGCCACCAAGGAAGGUUGUCACCAACGAUGAUGAAGGUGACCCUGUCUCUACUGUCUCCGAAAAGAAUCCUAGGGCGACGAAGAGCGAGGUACCUGAGCCUCGACAAGCAGCUGCGUUUGGAUCUAUAUUAGUGGCCUAA